AUGACGCAAACAAAAGUUGCGACUACAGGAUGGCAGCGACUGGGUCGACGCAUUCUUGAGACUAGUUUUCGGACUCAUAUCCUAAUCUCCGCCCUUCUGCGGAUUGCUUUAAUCUGCUACGGACAAAUACACGACAGCCAGUCCGCCGUGCCCUAUACCGAUAUAGAUUACAAAGUGGUCACUGAUGGAGCCCGACAAGUGCUCUUGGGAGAUUCGCCUUUCGCCAGGCACACAUACAGAUAUAGCCCGAUUAUGGCAUAUUUGCAGACCCUCAACAUCCUGCUUCAUCCGGCAUGGGGUAAGCUAUUGUAUGCCACCUGUGAUCUGCUCAUCGCUACACUCAUUUACCGCCUGGUGCACAUGGAAAUCAAGAGUCAGUAUCAGAAGACCGUGCAACACCUGCUUAGCAAGUUCAACAGACCCCAGGAGUCAGACCAAUCAUUAGAUGCUCUGGAUGCACGAAGUCAUCCGGAGAACUUAGCACGAGCUUCUGCUUGCUUUUGGCUCUACAAUCCGCUGACAGCUGUAAUCUCCACCCGUGGAAGUGGUGACUGCUUCUCAAGCUUCUUCGUGAUACUCACUAUCUAUUUGUUGUUAAAAUCAGAGCAUAACGCCAAUAGGAGCCUCUGGCUUAUAUUUUUCGCAGGCCUAGCUCACGGACUUGUAAUCCACCUUCGUCUCUAUCCGUUGCUUUUUAGUUUGGCUUACUACUUGUCAUUGUCAACGCGCCUUACACAAACUCCUCUGGAUUUCCUGUGCCAAAUCGUUCGGCCCAAUAGGCAACAGUUGUGUUUGAUAAUCGGAACGCUUAUCAGCCUGGUGGCUUUCACUUGGACCUUCUACACAAUGUAUGGCUGGGAGUAUAUAUACGAGGCCUAUCUGUAUCAUUUCGUACGCAAGGACCCGAGACACAACUUCUCGCUUCAGUUCCUUCUACAGUAUCUUGGCAGUGCGACAAAUGUGGUGGAACCCUCGGCGAUCGUAAAGCUCCUAGUAAUGACUCCCCAAUUCCUGCUCAUCCUGUACUUAAGUCUAAGCUUUGGACAGUUUCGGCAGACCCUGCCGUUUUGCAUCUUUGCCAUAGCCUUCGUCAUCGUCACGUACAACUCGGUGGUAACCUCUCAGUAUUUCAUCUGGUACUUGGCCAUCCUUCCGCUUUGUUUGAACAACUUCAAAAUGCUGUCAUGGAGAAGGUGCUUUGGUCUUUUGUUCCUUUGGUUGAUUGCCCAGGCGUUGUGGUUACUACCCGCCUAUUUGUUGGAGUUCCGGACAUGGAACACCUUCCACUGGAUCGGACUACAGGGAGCCGUGUUUUUCGCUACCAACGGAUACAUACUGGAACAGCUGUUAAGUCACUACGGGUUUACCCAAUUUAAGAUAAGCUACAGAAAGUUACUGUAAUCAAACAAUCAGCCGUACUUUAAGUACGCACAGUGAAGCGAUUUAAUACAGAAAAUUAAAAUAAGAUAUCACAA